AUGCCACUCAUCAAGCUCUACUUUACUCCUGCACUGCUGCUUCUAGUGGUCAGCUGUCCUGUGUGGCAGGUCAGCCAGUCUCUGCCAGUGAAAGGACCAAUGAAGGACUCCUGUAUUUUCUAUGCACGAACACUUCUAGAAAACAUCACUGACACACUCACACAGAACAACCUGUUCACUGGAAUUGACUGUACAAAGCAGAGUGUGGAGCUACGAGACACUAACAUGCCAUCUGUGUGCGCACCAAAGGAAGCAACUUGCUCUGGGACGGCUAAAUCUGAAUUUGAUCAGGACUCAUGUCUAACAAGCAUUUGGGAGGAUCUGCAGUAUUACUACAGAUUUCUUGCUGCUAAGCCAGAUCCUGACAUCAUACUCAGCAAGACUGUUCUGUUCAGCCUCAGAGAGCUGAUGGAGAACUGUUUUGCGCAGUCUUUUCCUGCAGACUUGGCUUCAAAGAAGGCUUUGACAGACCAGCAAAGCACCUACGAUGAAAGACUCAGCCUCUGCAAAGUCCUGAAGGGCUUCCAGGUCCGCACCAUCACAAUCAACAGAGUCAUUGGAUACAUGAACUCUGGAAUACACUAA